AUGGAUGAGAGUGCUGGAACAAGUUCUGCCAGCAGCGCUUCUACUAACAACAAUAACUUGGUUGUGGCAGUAAAUGAACAUGGACAGCUAGUUUGUGCCAAUUAUUUUACCCAAGUGCCUGUUCUUUCACGCUCUCGUCCUUGCUGGGCAAGACUAAAAUAUCAGCCAACAAUUGAAAGUCUUCACGAUGAAAUUAUGGACCUAUAUAAUUGGCUAAAACCUACAGCAGAAGAGAUUUGGUCCCGUCGUUUGCUUUUUAAUAGAACAAGUGAUAUAAUUAAAGGGAUUUGGCCUGACUCUAAUGUACAAAUGUUUGGAAGUGUUGCAACAAAUUCCUUUCUCCCUUCAUCAGAUAUUGAUAUAUGUGUUAGGACUACAAACUCAAUUCAAAUACCAGAAGACCUUCAUAAAGUAGCAGAUGUUUUAAAGGGAUUCCACUUCGAGAAUAUUCAUGUUUUGGACAAAACUGCCUUUCCUCUUGUCAAAUGUACUGAUCAGCUAACACAACUAAAUAUUGAUAUUAAUUUUAACAUUGGUGGGCGUAUUGAUAAAACUGUUCGCUGGAUUCGAGACAAACUAGAUUUUAUGCCUCAUAUGGAACCCUUAUUGCUUGUUUUGAAGCUUUUCCUUGCACAGCGUGGUCUUAAUAAUCCAUAUACGGGUGGAUUACCGUCAUAUGCUCUUGUUGUUAUGCUGGUUCAUUAUUUGGAGUACAUUCGUUUAAAAAACAAAUCAGAUGCUGCUCAUAAAGAUUCCUAUGACUACAUGACCCUAAUUGGAAGGAAACCGUUAGGCCUUUUACUUCACUAUUUCUUCUUCUACUUUUAUUGUUUUGAUUAUUCUGAAUUGGGCAUAAAAGUUCGAAAUCGUCUGUCGGCUUCGUUAGUUUUGCAUAAGAAGGAAUUGAUUGAAGAACUUGGCGAAGAAAUUUUUUACUCGAGUCCAGUCUUCAUUUGCGAUCCUUGUGAAAGAGGUUUGUCUUUUCAUAACUCAAAAAGUUGUUUUUUGCCAAUUGAAUCCUUUUAUUUUUAA